AUGCCAGAACAUAAGUGCGGUGUUUGUGAUAAAGUGUUCAAACAUCAGAGAAGCCUGACCAGACAUAUAAAGGAGCGACAUUCUACCAUCGAACAUUGGAACUGCACCCAAGAUGGAUGCUUUUCGAAAUUUAUACGUCGAAGCUAUUUAUCAAGACAUUUGAUUAUUAGCCAUAGCCUCUCCGGUAUUCAGGCUAGAGAGUUGGCCUUAUCGGCGCCGCGAGGUAAUGCUGCUAGAAUUUCUACAAAUGAGUAUGAGGAUAUUAGCGAGGAUGACUCGGCGUUCGAUAUACUUGCCGAGUUAGAUGAGCUACUUAAGCUGUGCAGCUCUGAUGCCAACGACGUACCCGUUACCAACGACGAGCCCGUUACCAGUGACGAACCCGUUUCCAGUGACGAACCCGUUACCAACGACGAACCCGCUACCAACGACGAACCCGUUACCAGCGACGAACCCGUUACCAGUGACGAACCUGUUACUUACGAAUCCAGCGGAGAAGCAUGUUUAUACACCGUGCCGAAUGGAGAGACUAUUUCAUCAGCCGACAUCAGUAUCGCAGAUACCGACGUCGCGGACGAUGUAAGUGCGUCACCCGACAUCGAAACCGAUGAAGAACGUAGCGAUUCGGAUGACACCUCCGUUAUCAUCAUCAGUGACGAGGAAGACGACGAGGAAGACGACACCGUAUGCCGAGACACAGCAACUCGUCGUGUGGCAUGCUUAACGACAUACACAGCUAGAGUAGUGUACACAUACAUGGGGAUACUGUUAUCCAUGAACAGUUUGACACUAGUAUAG